UCUCAAGUCUGAAGGGAGGGAAGGAACGAGAGCAUAGAGCGAUAGAGCUUGCUUUGGAGUUUGAGCACCAGAUAGAGAUCGGGUGAGAUCCCCGUUGAACUUCUCAUCAUUUCUCCCUUGGUUUCUGGGUUGGCUCUUUUAGGCUCUUCAUGUGAUGGAGAUGAGCGGCUGGCUUGGCUUCUCUCUGUCCUCCUGCAAAGGAGAGAGCUCCUGCUGCUGUGAUGAGGGGUAUGGAGGUGGGGCAGAGGGUGGUGGUGAUGGUGGAGAGGUGGGCUUCCAUCAUCCCUGGGCUGGUAUGCCUCUGCGCUCGGAUGGCUCCAUCUGCCUCAUGGAGCUUCCCCUUAGGCCGCCGCCUCCUCCUCAUGGUGCCUCAGAUUGGAGAUAUGGGAGUACCAUGGCCACCGCACCCACCGGCUCAAAUCAGGAAGGGAAAGGGCCAAAGCUGGAGGAUUUUUUGGGUGGGUAUUCUGAGAAUGCCAAUGAAGAGAACCCAAAUCACCAUCCGGUCUCCAACUACCAUGACCUUUACUAUCAAAGCCCUGAUGGUCCUGGAAUCAAUGUCAAUAUGCCCCCCUCCUUCAGCCCUGACGAAAGAGGAACAGAAGAAGGCAUCCGCAGCUCUUAUCAUUUCCUCCAAGCUUUCCACCACCCUAACCAUUCUUUCCAAGAGAUCCCCUCCCUCAAGCCUCAAUUCCUUGUACCCAGCUCUAACUCCAACCCCACCCCAGUUCCUAACUCGAUGUACAACGUGGGCAUGGAUGGCCCAGCCUCUAUCUCGGGAAUUAAGUCGUGGCUCCGACAAAACCAAUAUGCUCCAGAGAAACAAUCGACCGAGCCGAGCGAGUGCAAUAUCCAAUCAUUAACCCUUUCAAUGAGCCCUGGCAUGCAUUCUGGGUCUGGUGAAAUGGUACCGGCGAGUUCAUCUCCUGCACCUGCCGACGGACCGAAGUGCCCAAAUGCCAAGGCCACCACUCGAGAGCCAGUUCCUCGCAAGUCUAUCGAGACCUUUGGGCAGAGGACCUCUCAGUAUCGAGGAGUUACGAGGCACAGAUGGACGGGAAGAUAUGAAGCCCAUCUGUGGGAUAACAGUUGUAGAAAGGAAGGUCAGACAAGAAAGGGAAGGCAAGUUUAUUUAGGGGGAUAUGAUAAGGAGGAAAAGGCAGCAAGGGCAUAUGAUUUGGCUUCUUUGAGGUACUGGGGUCCAGCAGCUAACAUAAAUUUUCCACUGAGCGCCUAUGAGAAGGAGCUCGAAGAGAUGAAGCACAUGACGAGACAAGAGUUUGUGGCCAACUUAAGGCGGAAAAGCAGUGGAUUUUCCAGAGGGGCAUCUGUGUACAGAGGGGUGACGAGGCACCACCAACAUGGAAGAUGGCAAGCUAGAAUAGGGAGGGUGGCGGGGAACAAAGACCUGUACCUUGGAACAUUCAGCACUCAAGAGGAAGCUGCUGAAGCCUAUGACAUUGCUGCGAUCAAAUUCCGUGGUGUGAAUGCAGUGACCAACUUCGACAUUAGCAGGUACGACGUGAAGCGCAUAUGCUCAAGUUCCCAUCUCAUCACCGGCGAUCUCGCCAAGCGCUCCCCCAGGGCGACUCCCGCACCUUCAGAGCCGUCGACCGACGCCGACCGACUUGCACGAGCCAUCACAAACUCUGGUAGCGGUGGCAUCGACGACCUAUCCGACAUGCUAUGGAACUCUAAAGAUGGACCUUCUUCGAGCAACACAGUCGCCUUAACUUCGGCGAGAAACCCAAGCUCUUUGGACAGCAAGACUGAGAGCACAAGGAUUAAUGCCGGCCCCAACCAGAGUGCCUGUGGGGACUUCCCUCAGGCAGUCUACUUCCCUAAUGGAAUAAAGUAUGAGGGUGGGGAGAACGGCAACGUAGGUAGCGGAACUGGGGGGAGCAUGAAUUGGAUGGUGGCAGCGGCGGGGCGGACGUCCGGGGUGCCCGUGGCUCAUCAGCUUCCUAUGUUUGCUCUGUGGAACGAGUGACCCAGUGCUGCAGGAGCCGCUGUGUUCUUGUCAGUCCCCUUUUUUUUUCACCCCGUUGGACCGUACGUAUGUCUUUUGAGCAACUAGACCAUUACAAGUGUUUCCUGUUGUUAGUUAUCUUCAAGAGACGAUGACAAUUUUGUAGCAACUUAUAAUGGUCGUUGCUAAUCAUUAGUGUUACCCAGAUGUGUUUUA